AUGUCCACGACCACGGUAAAAUAUGACCUACGAACAUUCCCAAUCCUUAUCAAACGUACUAUUUUGUGUUAUCGGUUAAGCAUGUUUUUCAACAAACUUUUUAGUAGCUGACUUGCACGAACUUUUCUUGUCUAUCCUAACAAUAACUGGCAACUGAAACGUUUAUUACAAAACGAAAAGUCUAAUGUUUACAAAAAUCUUUUGUCCGUAAAACGUAAAUAAAUCUAUGGUUAUCGUACAUCCAUAUAAAACGUGUCAUCAUUUCUUGCAGUAUUAUUCAUAAAAAAAUACUUUUUAAAAUUUAUAUUCUUUAAAAUAUAUAGAUAUAAAAACUUUUUAUAUUUUUAAAUAAUGAAUAACAUUGCAACGCAGAGAAUCAAAAGAGAAUUUAAAGAAGUCAUUAAGAGCGAAGAGGUAAUAUGUAUAAAUAUAUAAUAAUAUAUUCAUUAUUUAUUUUAAAAUAUAUAUGUAGUGUGUAUGAAACUAAUUUAAUGUAACUUAAUACAAUUAAGUAGGUUGUUUUUUAUUUUUAAUUAUUAAUUUCUACAAUUUGUUCUUUAAUUUUUUAUGAUUUUUUAUUGGAUCUCCAAGACAAUGUUUACAACAUUUUUGCACAGGUUAAUUUUACAUAUUAAACUUUUAACUUUUGUAAAACUCAUAUAUACAAUUUUCGUCAAUUUGGGUAGAACAUCAUUACCUCAACAGUGCAAUAGAGUUAAUCGAGAAUUAUGAGUUUAUCAAUUUUAAGAAAGUAGCAUUAAAAACGUGGAUUUCUAUAAAUUAACAAAUCAGAAAUUGCCUCAUAAAGUAUUUUAUAAUAAUUUAUUUAAAUGAUGAGUUAUUAUAAGAUUUGUCUACCCAUAUUUUAUCAGUUUUGUGGUUAGAUUAUAACAUAAAAAUAAACAUAGGUAAUAUACUUAUGGAAACCUAUACCUAUUGGUUAUUUAUAUGAGUACAAGAUAGUUUAAAUAAUUUGUCUAGUGUACAGUUAGUAUACAGUUAGUGUACAGUAGUGACAGUUUCAAUGACUAUUUGAUUCAAAAUAUUAGGUAUCUUAAAUUUUUUUAAAUAAAUAUAUUUAAUUCUUGAAUAACAUUAGAUAUUUAGUUUUUUUCUGAAGUAAAAUUUUUUUUUGAAAAUGCUAAUGUAUAAACAGUGUUAUUAAUAAGCAUUUAAAGUUUAAAUAUUUUGCGAUAAGGCCUAUAAUUAACAUUUUAUGGCUUACAAAAUUGUAAUACUCUUGCUAGGUAUAGAAUCAUAAAUUAUUGUUUCAAUAUGAAUACUUUAAUAUUUACACAAAAAGUUUUUUGCUUUAGAAAAUUAAAAUUACCACAAAAAUGGAAGGAAUUAUUAUUAUUGUUGUUUGUAUUAAGUUUUAAUAUAUGAAUGAAUACUGUUAAAUAACACAAUUAUUAAAAUUGACAAAAACAAAAUAUUUUUAAAAUAAUAAAUAUUUAAUUAUAUACAUUUUACACAGCUUGCUAAAUGUUCAAUAAAAGUGGAUUUAGUUGGUGAUAGCUACACUGAAUUAAAGGGUGAAGUUGCCGGACCUCCUGAUACACCAUAUGAAGGGGGGACAUUUUUUUUGGAAAUUAAAGUGCCAGAAACUUAUCCAUUUAAUCCACCAAAAGUAAGACAAUUCUAAUUUUAAACUAUUCAUUACAUAAGUAUAAAUAUUAAAAACUUUUUUAAUUAGGUUCGAUUUAUGACCAAAAUUUGGCAUCCUAACAUAUCAUCUGUAACUGGAGCUAUUUGUUUAGACAUUUUAAAAGAUCAAUGGUAAGUUAUGAUAUAAAAUGUUAAACACUUUUUUUUCAAAAAUUUUUAUUUAUCUAGGAGUAGAGAAAUAUUACGUUAUUGAACCAAUCUACAAGUUUUUAAAUAAAACAAAAAUUUACCUAUUGUUAAAUUAGUUGUUUUAUGUGUUUAAAACAUUUAUAAUAAUUGUAAUAUUUGUUUAACCCUCUAUAGCUCGCACCGUUAGAAAAUAUUUAACAAACAACUUAUUUUAAGAAUAAAUAUUAUCGAUUGAAUGAUAAUUAAUCACCCCAACAUUUUAUUUACACGAUUAUGAAACUCAUAAUUCCAUUAUUAUUAAUAAGAUUAAAUUUUUUGACAGUUAUAUUUGUAUUUCGAUAAAAUUGUAUAAAUUAAUAUAUUGUUAGAAAAAAUCUUACACGUGAGUGAUCCUGGGUUAAAUUAUGAUUAUUCAAAAACUAAUAAGUAUUAAAUAUUAUAUUUGAAUAUUUCUUUAAAAUUAUAAAUAUUCCCCAAAUAAAAUUGCUCCUAGUUUGAUAAAUUUAGUAGUUAUUUAUGGGCUAGAUUAAUUUCCAUAUUAUAAUAUUAGACUUUACAAAAAAUAUGUGUAUAGUUUUUACUUAUUAUUUUACCUACUCAUUUUUCAUUGAAGUUAGGCUCGUUGUAAAAUAUUUAUGGGACAAUGAAUAUUUUAACAAUAAUAGUGAUUGUGAUUGUGUACUAAUAUUAAUAACUACUGUCAAACAAUCAACUUAAUAUGCCGUUGCUAUGUUAAAAGAAUUCAAUUAUUCAGAUUAUGUUUAGGCAAUAAUCAUAAGAAAAUAAAUUAUACAUAAUUAUAAAUUCAAAAACAAAUACAAUCAUUUAAAACUAUAUAUAAUUUAACCUUGUUAAUUAGUUUUGUUAGUUUAAAUUUCUGAAUUUUAACAAACAUUAAUAGGGCUGCAGCUAUGACUUUACGUACAGUAUUAUUGUCAUUACAAGCACUCAUGGCAGCUGCAGAACCAGAUGAUCCACAGGAUGCAGUAGUCGCAAAACAGUAUAAAGAAUUUCCAGAAAUAUUUGCUAAAACUGCUAGCCAUUGGACAAAUGUUUAUGCUGGAGGUAUUAUAUAUUUAGUUAUAUUAUACAUUUUAAAUGAUAAUCUUUUAAUCAAUUUAAUAAUUAAUGACAGUACGUAUAAACUAAAAAAAAAAAAUACGUGAACAACAAUCACUAGAAUCACUUAUUUUGUGUUUAAGAAAUAUUCAUUGUAAAACAAAACCACCACAUGAGCUAGCUUAGUGGGGCCAUUAUACAUCUAUAUUCCUGUAAUAUUUUUGUUAAUAAACAACUUAAUUCUAUAUUAUACUAUAACUGUACUACUACCCAAAAAUGGUAGAAGUGGUUUAAAGUUAGAUAGCAAAUAAAGCAUUCAUCAUAGUAAAAAUAACAAAACUAUUAAAAUCCAAAGAGUGAUCUCUAAAAUAUAUAUUUGAUAUUUCAUAAAAUUACUUUUUUUAAAUCUAAAAUAAGUAUUUUUUUAUUUUCCAUAAUUAAAUAAAAUUUGUUUUCAGAUUCUUUAUGUUUUAAAUAUAAAAAUAUAAGUUUGUUUAAGUAAUUAUUAAAUAUGUGUACCAGAUUGUCUAUACAAUUUUAAUUUCUAAUUUUAGGUCCAAAAAAAAAUAUAGAAUUUGAUUCAAAAAUUCAACGUCUUAUAGACAUGGGAAUCGAACGUGAUCAUGCUUGUGCCGCAUUAUCUUCUUAUAAUUGGGAUUUGGAACGAGCUACAGAACAAUUGUUUAGUUAGGAUUGGUUCUAUUUUUUAAAUUAUGAUUAAAAUAUUAUAAUUAUCACUGAAUCUAUAUAAAAGUUAAAGUAUAUGAAAUAUUCUAAACACAGAGUUAUUUUUAUUUUUAUUUUGUAUGUUUCUUAUUACACAAUUUAUAUUUACAGUCUAUACUUAUAUUAAUUUUUAUUUUAAUAAGUCAGUAAUUUCCAAAUGCAGGAGUGGAUUGGUGUAUCAUGAUAUUGGGCGCAUAUAGUUAUUUUUCCUUCUUUUUUAAUUUGUUUUUAGAUGAUAAUUUAUAUUUCAUCUCAGAGGGGUUGUUAUGUCUACGUAUUUAAAAAAAGUGUUUUAAACGCUUUCUCAUAAAUUUAUGUUACAUUUACACAAAUGGACUGGGAUGUCCAGACUUCCCAAACAUCCCAUCUAAUAACUAAUACUUUCAGGAGAACAUCCAUCCAAGAAAAAAUUAAUGAAUAACAAACAGCUGAGUAUAAUUCCUUUAUUGGUUUUAUUUAAUUGGUUUCAACUACCUAUUUGUAUACAAAGUUUUUAUUAUUAAAUCAUUUUAAUUUGUGAACAGAUUUUAUUUAUAUACCAUGAAUUAAAAAAAAGUUUUCAAUCCACUCCUAGUGCUAUGGCUGGCUAAAUGUAUAUGCAUAAUUAUCUAAUAGAUAAUAGGAUAUUUGACUUGUGUUUUUUCACUCAAUUCAUUUAGAAAUGUCACAGAUAAUUGUCUAUGAUGACCAAUUUUCAUUUCUACUAUAAACAAUAAAAUAUGUGUUCAAAUUGUGUA